CAGUAAUAUAAACAAUAACCGUUGUAAUUCGUAACGUUCGAAUCAGUAUUGCAUUACUGCAUGUAAUUAUGUAUGUGUAACAUUGUGAUAAAAGAAAUGUUGCACAUAAUCACUUCUAUAAUAAUACUACGUAGAUUUAUUUUUAGAAGUACGAACCAUGUUUUUGUCUGAAGAUAGUAUCCAGUAGUUUUGUCAAUUUUUUAUAGAUGAUUAAUAUACCGUUCUUUUCCUCUUUUAUUUCAUGCAUGUUUUAACAAAUAACAAUCAUGCAGUUAGAAAAAUUUAGAAAAUAUAAUUAAGCAAUGUGAAUGCUGGCAUUACUUUGAUAAAAAUGGAAGAAAAUACCGGAGAAGGUGUAGAUCCAAGGGUGAAAGACCAACUGGAAUAUCUCAACUCUUAUACUGAUGAAAUUAAUAGCCUUGAAUUACAGCUUGAUGCUGCAAAUGCAACUUUCAGAAAUACUCUGAGUGAAUAUAGCCAGCGUCUGAAACUAAUAGCAAAGAAGCUGGGCAAGUGUGUUCAGGUUGCCAGGCCAUACUAUGAAGCUGAGGAAGCUGCUCAAGCAGCGAAAUUGGAGUGUGAAGAAGCUGCUAUUAGAUAUCAUCGAGCAUGUGUAGUACACAAGGAAGCCCGAGAAACUAUUGCUAUGGCAGAAAAGAAAUUUAACUCAAAGAAAGAUGAUUAUGAAUUUGAUGCUGCAUGGCAAGAAAUGCUUAACAGAGAAACUAUAAAGCUGAUGAAUGCAGAAUCUUCAAAAGAAGAAAGUGAAAAAGAGCACAAAAGAACCACUCAGAUUUUUGCAGCUGCUGUUCAAAAAGUAAAAAAAUUGGAGCAGCAACUUAAAAAAGAUAUUGUCAAAUCUAGAUCUUAUUUUGAGCAGAAAAAGGUCUUUCUGAAAGUUUUGCAGGAUCUGAAAAAUCGAGUAGAGUCAUUGCAGAAAGCAGUAAUGGAUUCCAAAGCCUCAUAUGCUACAUGUUUGCACAAUUUAGAAAUGAUUUCCAGUGAAAUCCAUGAAAGGAGAAAGCUAAAUUUGCCUCCCAGAGAGCCAGGUGUUGGUGCAGAGUGGGAUGCAAGAGCUAAUUCUGAAAUUACAAUCCAUCCUCCCUUGUCAUUGCUGCAAUUAUGGGAAUCUGAAAGCCAGCAUACUGAUAGUUUAUCAUCUACAACUGAACCAGAUGUUGCCUAUGAACUUGAGCAUCUUUGUGAAGAAUUGUCACUAGAGCCAAAUUUGAGGUUUCGACACUCUCAGAGUCUGGAAGAAUCAAGUUUAGAGCCAUGUAUUAGCUUUGACAGUGCCAAUGCCAGUGCCAGCGGGUCUGGCCAAGUAUCUCUGCCAUCCAACACAAGCUGCCAGAAACCGUCCUCUCCUUCUACUUAUACAGGAGAUUAUUCUGAUGAUUCAUUUCAAGAAGUUGAUCUUAGUACCUAGCAUCUUGCUGAAUUUUAAAUAAUUUUGCCAGUUGAAUGGUAAUUGUUAAAUUCAUUUAUAUGUUUUCAUUCUUCCAUAUUGUUAAACUGUGUGUUCAAUUAAUAUAAUCUGAAAAUAAUUGUAUAAAAAUUUAAGAUUUUAAUAUGUGUUAUAAUAUUUUUUGAAAGAUCUGUUGACACAUUAGGAAAACUCUUAUCUAAUGGAAUCUUUUAUAGCACUAUAACCAUUCCUAAGGUGAACAGAUUCUUCCCAAUUAUAGACAAGAAAACAUCAGCUUUGAAUAAGUUGUACAGGUAAUCCUCGAUGAACAUAGUAGAUUGGUUCCUCAAAAACGUCAUGUGAAAUGAAAUCGGGUGAUUCGAGUCCGCAAAUUACAUUGAAAAGAAAUGCAAAUGUAAUAAAUUUAACAAAUCUAUACAAAGCAUUAUUAUACAUAUUUUGUAAAAUAAAGGUAUCUACAUACAUAUUUUUGAAUAAAAAUACAUUUAUCGAAUAAGAUUCUAUAUCAAAUUCAUUAUAAAAAAAAUUAAAAUUAAAAAUAUUUUUAUUGUGUUUAAUCUUCAUAUAUUACUGAUAAUUUGCUCAGUUUCAGGGCUGUUUUUCUAAAAAAAAAAUUUAUUUAUGGUGUAAUUUCUGUGAAACUUUCUUCUAUUAUAUGAAUAUACGGGAUACUGUUU